CCAUUGCAUGAAGUGUUUGUAAGAAGAAGAACCAAAUUGCACGAAUCAGAAACCAGAAGGGAAGAAUUCGACAGAGUAAGGGAAGGAAGAGGGAAUUUGGUAGGAAGAGGAAAAUUGGAGAGCAAAGGGCUGCUUCAAUUCAUUCGGAAGGUGUUUUCCGAAGUUAUGAGUAGCUGUUGAGGGGAAAGGGAGAACCUUUUCGUUUCUCGGUGGCGUCUGCCUGUGCUUUGCGGGUGCGAUGAAGAGGUCAAGAGAUGAGGUCCAUAUGGCCUCGCAGCUUAAACGGCCCAUGAUCCCGUCCAGAGGAGAAACUUCGGGGCACCCUCAGAUGCUGGGAGGAGUUGGAGCAGCAGUAGCUGGGGGUGCUGGAGGAGGAGGUGGAGGAGCAGCAGCAGCAGCAGGAGGUGCAGCACAGAAGCUUACCACGAAUGAUGCACUGGCUUAUCUCAAGGCUGUAAAGGAGAUAUUUCAGGACAAACGGGACAAAUAUGAUGAUUUUCUUGAGGUUAUGAAAGAUUUCAAAGCUCAAAGAAUUGACACUGCUGGCGUCAUAGGAAGGGUGAAGGACUUAUUCAAAGGGCAUCGUGACCUGAUUUUGGGUUUUAAUACCUUCUUGCCUAAGGGAUAUGAGAUCACACUUCCACUGGAAGACGAGCAACUUCCACAGAAGAAGCCAGUGGAAUUUGAAGAAGCAAUUAGUUUUGUCAACAAAAUUAAGAUGAGGUUUCAAGGUGACGAUCACGUUUACAAAGCUUUUUUAGAUAUUCUGAACAUGUACAGAAAGGAUAAUAAAUCCAUCACGGAGGUUUACGAGGAGGUGGCUACACUUUUUAAAGACCACCACGAUCUGCUUCGGGAGUUUACUCACUUCCUACCUGAUAAUUCUGCUUCAGCCUCUGCUCAUUAUGUCUCUUCGAAUAGGAACUCCAUUCUUCGUGAUAGGAGCUCUGCAAUGCCUGCGAUGCGUCAAAUGCAUGUUGACAAGAAAGAACGCACUCAUCCCGAUCGUGAUUUCAGUGUUGAUCGCCCUGAUCCAGACCAUGAUAGGGCUCUGGUGAGAGCAGCAGAUAGAGAGCAAAGGAGGCGAGUUGAAAAAGAAAAAGAUAGAAGAGAAGAUAGAGAUAAGAGAGAACGUGAUGAUAGAGACUAUGAGCAUGAUGCAAAUCAUGACUAUAGCAUGCAACGGUUUCCUCACAAGCGGAAACCUGGUCGUAAGUUGGAAGAUUCUGGUGCUGAGCACCAAGUUGGAAUGGGGGAUGAUAACUAUGGAAUGCAUCCCAUUUCAUCCAAUUAUGAUGAUAAAAGUGCGGUUAAAAGUGCAUUGAGCCAAGAACUUGCUUUCUGUGAGAAAGUGAAAGAGAAGUUGCGUAAUCCUGAUGCUUACCAGGAAUUUUUGAGGUGCCUCCAUCUUUACACAGAAGAAAUCAUCACUCCACCAGAGUUACAAUCUUUGGUGGCAGAUUUAAUUGGAAGAUAUCCUGAUCUUAUGGAUGGCUUCAAUGACUUUUUGUCACGUUGUGAAAAGAAUGGUAAUUUUCUAGCAUCUGCUGUGUUUCCCCAACACUUUUUGAAUGAAGGUAAUUUCCCUAGACCUUUGAAGGCAGAGGACAGGGACAGAGAUCGUGUGCUCGAGAGGGAUGAUGUGACCAAAGAAAGGGACCGUGAAAUGCGGGAAAGAGAUAGACUUGACAAAAAUGCAGCCUUUAUCAAUAAGGACACAGGAGCUCAAAAGAUGCCCUUGUAUUCUAGCAAGGACAAGUUUCUGUGGAAACCUGUCAGCGAACUGGACCUGUCUAACUGUGACAGCUGCACUCCAAGUUAUCGGCUUCUUCCAAAGAAUUAUCCCAUUCCCGUGGCAAGCGCAAAGAAAGGGAUUGGCGCUGAAGUUCUGAAUGACCAUUGGGUAUCCGUGACUUCUGGGAGUGAAGAUUACUCAUUUAAGCACAUGCGCAAGAACCAGUACGAAGAAAGCCUAUUCCGAUGUGAGGAUGACAGGUUUGAGCUGGAUAUGUUGUUGGAAUCUGUCAAUGUCACAACCAAGCGUGUCGAAGAGUUGCUGGAGAAAAUCAACAACUCAAACAAAGAAGAUGCUCCCAUUUGUCUAGAGAAACACCUAACAGCUCUAAAUCUGAGGUGCAUUGAGCGUUUAUACGGCGACCAUGGGCUUGAUGUAAUGGACGUAUUAAGAAAGAACACUUCUCCAGCUCUGCCUGUGAUAUUAACUCGUUUGAAGCAGAAACAAGAAGAGUGGGCUAGAUGUCGUGCAGAUUUCAACAAAGUAUGGGCUGAAAUCUACUCUAAGAACUAUCACAAGUCACUUGAUCAUAGGAGCUUCUAUUUCAAGCAGCAGGAUACAAAGAGCUUGAGCACCAAAGCGCUUUUGGCAGAGAUAAAAGAAAUUAGCGAGAACAAACGCAAAGAUGAUGACAUGCUGCUAGCAUUUGCUGCCGGAAACAAGCGUCCAAUUGUACCUAAUCUGGAAUUUGAGUAUUCCGAUCCUGAUGUCCAUGAGGAUCUGUAUCAGCUCAUCAAGUACUCUUGUGGGGAAGUUUGUACAACUGAACAGCUGGAUAAGGUCAUGAAGAUCUGGACCACUUUCUUAGAACCAAUGCUUGGUGUUCCUUCUCGACCUCAUGGUGCAGCAGAGGACACUGAAGAUGUCAUGAAGGCAAAGACUCUUUCUUUCAAGCACGGAGAAAGUGAUGGAAGCCCCAGCGGUGGUGCUACCUUGGGCAGCUCAAAACACGUAGUUAAUCCUUCAAGAAAUGGAGAAGAACGUAUCCAGCCUGAGCAGCAGUCAAGUUCGACCAAGGUCUGGUUGGAUAAUGGAGUUAAAGAAAAUGGUUCUCCUGCCACCACCAACCAUACUGCUUGUAAAAAUGAUACUUCCUGCAGUACCCUUCAGCAUGAUAGUAAGUUACAGAUUGCUCCAUCUGCAGCUGACGAGUCUUCUGGGGCUGGUAAGCAUGCUACUUCUGCCGAACGGUUGGCCAAUUCAAGUCCUUCACUUGCUACAGUCGCGGAGUUGAGUAAUGGAAGAGCCAAUCUUGAAUCAGGUCCUGCUGGUGCUUCCUCAAAACCAAGUAAUGUUGUCGCCAGUGAUGAUGGGAUUGCAGUAGGUUCCAGUAAAGAAGUUUUGCCACCAACAGAGCCUUGUGAGCUUCCUAGGCCAGUCGUAUCAGCAAAUGGGGUUGUGACGGAGGGUAGUAAAGGUCACAGAUACAAUGAAGAAUCAAAUACUCAGUUCAAAAUUGAAAGAGAGGAAGGAGAGUUGUCUCCAAAUGGAGGAGAUUUUGAGGAGGAUAAUUUUGCCGCAGUCUAUGGAGAAGCUGGUUCAGAGGCUGUUAGUGCUGCAAAUAAACAUACUAAAGAGGGUGGUGCUCCAAGCAGCAGCAGGCAUUAUCAAGGACAAACCAACGGGGAAGAAGAUGAAAAGCGGAAUGGAGAAGCAGCAGUAGAAAAUGAUGCUGAUGAUGAAGGUGAGGAAAGUGCUCAAAGGACAUCAGAGGACAGUGAAAAUGCCUCUGAAAAUGCUGCUGAUGUCUCCGGGAGUGAGUCUGGUGAUGGUGAAGAGUGCUCCAGGGAAGAAGAGCAUGAAGAAGAAGAUGGGGAUCACGAUGAUGAAAAUAAUAAUAAAGCCGAGAGUGAAGGCGAGGCCGAAGGCAUGGCUGAUGUUCAUGAUGUGGAGGGAGAUGGAACAACAGUUUUACCAUUUUCAGAAAGAUUCCUCUUCAAUGUGAAACCUCUAGCAAAGCACGUCCCUCUGGCAUUGCAUGAUGGAGAGAAGGGUUCACGAGUUUUCUAUGGGAAUGAUUCGUUUUAUGUGCUUUUUAGACUUCACCAAACUUUGUAUGAAAGGAUACAAUCAGCGAAGAUCAACUCAUCAUCUGCUGACAGGAAAUGGCGAGCAGCUUCAAAUGAUACAAGUUCCACCGAUCUGUAUGCUAGGUUUAUGAGUGCACUUUACAACCUUCUUGACGGAUCUUCCGACAACACAAAAUUUGAGGAUGACUGCCGAGCUAUAAUUGGGACACAGUCAUAUGUCUUAUUUACAUUGGAUAAGCUUAUAUAUAAGCUAGUCAAACAGCUCCAAACAGUGGCAACUGAUGAGAUGGACAACAAGCUACUGCAGUUAUAUGCUUAUGAAGAGUCGAGAAAAGCUGGAAGGUUUGUUGACAUAGUUUAUCAUGAGAACACACGUGUCCUCCUUCAUGACGAGAAUAUAUAUAGAGUUCAAUGCUCUUCGGGACCAACCCGGUUGUCCAUUCAGCUGAUGGACUUUGUACAUGACAAGCCUGAGGUGACUGCAGUUUCUAUGGAUCCAAACUUCGCUGCGUACCUCCAGAGUGACUUCCUCUCUGUUGUUUCGGAGAAGAAAGAGAAGCCUGGGAUUUUCUUGAAGAGGAACAGACGUAGGAAUGCCGUUGUUGAUGAAUUUCAAGCCAUGGAAGGAUUUCAGAUUUUCAACGGUUUAGAGUGCAAGAUUGCUUGCAGUUCUUCCAAGGUAUCUUAUGUCUUAGACACGGAAGAUUAUUUGUUCCGGACGAGAAGAAAAGGAAGGAGAACCCUCCCACAGAACUGCUCGUCAUCCGUCAGUAAUCAAGGAAAGAGCUGCGAAAGACUAGAGCGGUUCCAGAGGUGGCUAUCUAGGUCAUAGUACAUGAUACUCUACUCAUGGUUCCCCCUUCUUUAACGUCCUGAUAAGAACACACUGCAUUUUUAUUUUGGGAUGAGUUUUACGUGCAACUGGUGGCGGGCAUCGGAUGAAACGAAUGCGACAGUCAGGCGGCAGAGGGAUGCACGUACUUCUCAGAAAUUUCGUUGGGUCUUCUUCCCUGUCGAGGGAAGGGCGAAAUAAAAAAGCCAAUUAGAAGAGGAAAAGGCAGUAGCAGACUAGCAGCAGCUGGCAAGGUGAUGGGGCUGCGUGAUUGAAAUGUAGUAUAGCUUUUGUACGUUAGAAGGCCAAAGCAUUUUGAGCCAUCAAAAUGCUUUUCUUUCUUCUUCUCUUAAGUUUUUGUACAUAGAGAAGGUAAAGAAGAAUGUGAUCAUGUAAUACCUGGAGAUAGAUAUCCCUUCAUCAGAUAGACAUUCAUGAUGUAUUGUUCAUCUCAUUUAUCAUUCAUUUUUCUCUAACGCUAACGUUGCGCCUCGGUUCAGCUAGGCCAUGCUUACUUCUGUCACGAGUGUACCAUUACAAAUCGCAGAGUACAGCCGGUUCAAUAGUUAGGAGGAUCAAGGACAGAACAACAUUGUAUCAAUCCGAUCUGAUUCAGUCCAAAUAUUAAUUCGGAUGAUAAUAUUCAUGAUCAAAGAAUCGGAUGCGGAUUCUCAAAAAUCAAACUAACGAUAUCAUCUAAUCUUCCACCAAGGGAUUGAAUCUUAUGGACCAAGCUUGGCACUGACAAACAGAACAAGACCCAACUUGGGGGAACAAUUUUGUGAAGGAAGACUUUCAUCCAGCAAGUUCACUGAUGGGAGAACGAUCCAUGAUAUCUGCAGCAGACUUGGCAUUGCUCUUCAGAGCCGGGUCGACAUCAGGCAACUUGGGAAUCUGCGCCAGCAAGUCGAUCGUCCUCCUCAAAAGCCUCGCUAGAUCCCCAUCGUCCAUGGCGCAAUCCAUCGUCAUCUCCCUCCAGCUUAACCCAGAAGCCCACGCCUCCACCAUCCCGGCAAACUGGCUGUCCAAGAAGCAAGAAAUCCCCACCCCGUGCCUCUCCUGAAUCUUCACAAACCGACUCCUCUGCUCCUCCAGCGCUCCCACCACGCGAAUCACCACGCUUGAGGGCUCGUAGAUGUAGCUGCUGUUCUCGUGGACGCGCACUUUGAUCCCUUCGGAGACCACGCUCGCACACACCCCUGCCAGCUGCGACGGCUUCAGGUCCAGUAGGAUCCUAUUCCGAACCACCAUUGCCAGCCACAGCUCGUUCUCCCCACGAAUCACCGCUGCAGUCUCCCCCAGUGGGAAGAUCAUCUGUGUGUUUAUGUCCAAUGCCCUGAGCUCGUGCACCACGUUGCAUAUCUUCAGGAACUCUUUCCAUCCUGACGGUUCGAUCUCCCUGAUCCUUUCUGACAACCUGGCUGACCUCAUCUUCAGACGCUUGAUCUUGUCCUGUGUCGCGUUCUUCCGUUCCAGGAUCUUUUUGUACUCUCUGAAUCCUUCUGUUCUCGAUAUUCUUUUCUUCAACCUCGCCACCUUGUUACGUUGGUCCUUGUACUGCACCACGGCAUCGUGGUAAGCUUGUGACUUGUGCAGUAUCUCGUCGUUCUCGGACAGACUGGUUAGAACGGGGACGUUUAAGCUCCAUGACCAUGUUUCCAGAGAUCCUUCUGAGAACCAUAAUCCCCCCAGUUCAGAAUCAGCUAUCUUUUCCCAUUGCUUCUCCUCUUUUUCCAGAAGCAUCCACAUGGCUUCUCGGGGCAAAGCGUCGCCUUGUGCCAAUGGAACGUUGGGGAAGCCAGUCCUGUAAACAGUUCGGAUCCAUUUCUCUGUGAAGAGAUACCAUGAAUUGUCCGACCCCAAUGCUAAAUGAUAAGACGGUUCCAUCACGUCAGGAGUUUCUUCUUCGUCGGCAUCGGCAUCACUUAACUCGCUGGGUACAGGAACCGAAUCGUCGACAGAAACCAAGUCCAUUAAUUUCGAGCUACUGAAGGAAUCGGCCUUCCCCAAGUAAACAGCAGGAACAGAAUGUUCAACUCCAUCCGAGUCUUUGUAAUGUAAGCACAAAAAGAGUAACUGGUCAUUUCCCAUUUCCGCGAGGAGACUUUUUAGCGCAUUCAAUCUUUGUACUUCCACCACUCUUCUUAGUUCAGUCCGAAGGCGUUUUUCUUCUCUCAGCUGUUCCUGAAGUAGUGCGAUUUCUUUAUAUGCCCACUCUGGUAAGAUCUGGCGGCUCCUUCUAUCUACUGCCUCGUCGCUAAUUUCUGACGUCAAAAUCUCAAUCUCUUUCUGGAUUCUCGAGAGCUCCUCUUUGGAAGCAACCAUGACGUUGCUACCAAUGUACGUUCCGAAACUUCUCUCCACCAGUUUCUUCGCUUCCUCUAAAGUUCUCCCUGCCUGGAGAGGCUCUGUGUCACCAGACUCGUUCAGUCUACGAGUGACUCUAGAACCAGCAAGCAAGUUCAGAACCAUCCCAUAGGAAGCAGUGAACUGUGAAACAAGUGGUUCUAGUCCAGCAAACAGAAGUUUGCAGCCUUCUUCAGCGCCUUCAGUGGAGCUUUGAAUCAGGACGACAUUGCCCUUUUCGUCAAUGCCUCUCCGUCCAGCCCGGCCAGCCAUUUGAAGCAGCUCAUUUGGGCUUAACUGAAUACGACCACUGGCAUUCCUCUUACUGAUGGAUGAGAUGACAGCUGUUCUGGCAGGCAUGUUGAUCCCAGCAGCUAAGGUUUCCGUAGCAAAGAUGACCUUAAUGAGUCCUCUCUGGAACAAUUCCUCGAUGAAUGAUUUCCACAAAGGUAGACAGCCAGCAUGAUGAGCAGCAAUUCCUCUUCGAAGUCCUCUGAUAGCAGUCUCACGGACGGCAUCAGGAUUCUGAAGAGUAAACUUCUUGAGAGCAAGUUCAACCUCAGUCGUUUCACAUUCAUCCAAGAGCUUGCAACCUUCAAGAUACUUCACAGAAGCAUCACAUCCUCUUCGGUUGAAGAUGAACCAGAUUGCUGGCAGCAUAUCUCUCGCCCUGAGCUGACCUAAUGUAUCAACGACAAGAGGGACCAAUGAGCGUCGGAUUCUGCUUAUAUCAUUUUUUGAAAGGGACUCUUCAGGAUUCAUGAGAUUGCUAUCAUAAUCGUUUCGACCUCUACGUUUUCUUGGAUUCCUUCUCCUUGGCCACUCAUCAUCUUUAUAUGAUCUAGAUCCUGGGGCAGAAAGCUGCAAGUAAUUAAGGGAUAAUUUCCUGUUCAUGCGCUUUCCUUUGUCUUUCUCAUCAAGAAGAGGUAGCAGAGAAGUCUUUGUAGAGAAAUGCCAAGUUAGUGGAACUGGACGUCUGGCAGAAGUCACCAAUUCAGUUUCUCCGUGCACCUCACGUAUCCAACCAGCGAGCUCAUCUGGAUUCUUUACAGUUGCUGACAGACAUAUCAACUGAACCUCCUUAGGGCAGUAAAUAACAAUCUCCUCCCACACUGUUCCUCGAGAUAUAUCACUUAGAUAAUGAACUUCAUCUAGGACAAUCACGUCCACAAAGAGGAGUCCACUACCCGAAGAAACUGUCCCAAUGCUUUGGUACAGCAUAUUACGCAGAAUUUCUGUAGUCAUGAUCAAAAUCUGAGCAUCUUUAUUGACAGCAGAAUCUCCAGUGAGAAGACCGACAUUGUCAUCUCCAAACGUCUCCCGGAAAUCGCGGAACUUCUGAUUGGACAAUGCCUUAAGCGGAGUGGUAUAGAAUAUCCUCCUUCCUCGUGCCACUGUAGCCACCGCAGCUGCUUCAGCUAUCAACGUCUUCCCGCUGCUGGUAGGAGCAGAGACCACGACCGAGGAGCCCCUCAAGAACGCUUCUACAGCUAACCGCUGAAAUUUGUCGAUUCGGAAAUCAUAGAUAGAAGCGAGCUCAUCAACGUCAAUAAUCUCAUCCCCGAACUCUUUGACUACAGCACGGAGGCGCUCGACUCUCUGCAACUUCGUCUCCUCGCGCCAAGCCGAGAUCUCUCCCGUCGCCAUCGAUACUUCGGUUUCAUCUUCGUUUGGCCCAACUUCGUCGUCCUCGUCCUCGUCGUAGUCGUAUUCAUCGGCAGCUUCCUCAUCAUCGUCGUCGUCUUCUUCUUCGUCAUCGUCGUCCUCUUCUUCUCGGUCGUCGGCGUCGUAGAGCUGCGAUUCGGCGGGGAAAGUAGAGUUGGGGGACUUGGAGUGGAGCCGCCGUGGAGCGAGUGAAUUUGAGGAUUGCGAGGGGAUCAACCUAGGGCGGCAGAAGGCUAGGGUUUGGGAGAGAGGUUGGAAGUAUGGAAAUGAAGUAGAGACGAUGAAGGGGAGGGAAAGUGAAGAAGAAAGUUGAAGAGGUAAGAGGAUAGGGAGUGAUUUCAUGGCGGGAGAGAGGGAUAGUGAGGCUCGCCGUGUUUUCCCUCUUUAACGGAUUGUUUUCACUUUUUCAGUCUUCGGGUU